CUCGGUGGUCACUGUCUUUAGUCAUAAUCUUUGAUCAACCGAGUAAUAAACUAGAAAACGACAACUUUUACUUCAUUACAUGGAACAAGGCCUUAACAAUACGACAACAAAGGAAGUACCCAGAACAAAAAAUAUGGGCAGGGAAAGCAUUGAAGAAGGAAAAUUAUCAAAUCCUUUGCUUGUCAAAAACAUUGAUUCUGAAUCUCAAGUCUAUGGCUAUGGUGGUAGAGGUGAAAACAGUGGUGCUGGUAAUGAACAACAAAGUGGAACUUUCUCAUCCUCGGCCACGACCAUGGUUGUGCUCAGCACUCUGGUUGCUGUGUCUGGUUCCUAUGUUUUUGGGUCUGCGGUGGGAUAUUCCUCACCAGCUCGGUCUGGGGUCAUGGAUGAUUUGGGCCUCACUGUGGCUGAGCCUAUUACAUAAAUGGCAGCAAAUAGGAAGGGAACAUUACUCGGUUUUUGGUUCAAUAUUGACAAUUGGAGCAAUGAUAGGAGCAGUAGUGAGUGGGAGAAUAGCAGAUUACAUAGGUAGAAGAGGUGCAAUGGCCUUUUCUGAGAUAUUCUGCAUAUUGGGAUGGCUAGCCAUCGCUUUCUCUAAGGUUGCUUGGUGGGCUGAGCUUGGAAGACUGUUGGUAGGAUGUGGAAUGGGACUUCUUUCUUAUGUGGUGCCUAUAUACAUAGCAGAAAUAACACCAAAGAAUCUGCGAGGAGGAUUUACAACAGUUCAUCAGUUGAUGAUUUGUUGUGGUGUGUCACUAACAUAUCUUAUCGGGGCUUUUUUGAACUGGCGAGCUUUGGCUCUCAUAGGAACUGUUCCUUGUGUUAUACAGAUCUUAGGUCUAUUUUUCAUCCCAGAGUCUCCUAGAUGGCUGGCAAAGAUUGGUCAAGAGAAAAAGUGUGAAGAUGCUCUCCAGAACCUUAGGGGGAAGAAUGCUGAUAUUUCUCAAGAAAAAUCUGAGAUUAGAGACUAUACAGAAACUCUGAAGCGGCUUUCAGAAGCAAGCAUUCUUGACUUAUUUCAAAGAAGAUAUGCGUAUUCCGCCAUAGUAGGAGUUGGCCUUAUGGUACUGCAACAAUUCGGAGGGGUUAAUGGCAUUGCCUUUUAUGCAAGUGCUAUAUUCAUUUCAGCUGGAUUUUCAGAUAGUAUCGGGACUAUAGCUAUGGUUGCUGUUCAGAUUCCAAUGACCGGUUUGGGUGUAAUUUUGAUGGAUAAAUCUGGAAGACGUCCACUUCUUCUGAUAUCUUCAACAGGAACAUGCUUAGGUUGCCUCCUUGUGGGGUUGUCAUUCUUGUUGCAGAACCUUCAACAAUGGAAGCACGUCACUCCCAUCUUGGCGCUUGUUGGCAUACUGGUAUUUACAGGAUCGUUCUCAUUGGGCAUGGGAGGAAUUCCUUGGGUUAUAAUGUCAGAGAUAUUUCCCAUAAACAUGAAAGGCUCAGCUGGUAGCCUAGUAACAUUGGUUAGCUGGUUAGGUUCUUGGAUUGUCUCAUAUGCUUUUAAUUUCCUAAUGGAUUGGAACUCAGCAGGAACUUUCUUCAUGUUUUCAUGCGUAUCUGGUGUAACCAUUCUAUUUGUUGCAAAGCUGGUGCCAGAGACAAAGGGACGAACACUAGAAGAAAUACAAACAUCGAUGAAUCGGUUUUCAGAAAAAAGAUAAAUGGUAUGCCUGCAUCAUGACAUUGUCAAUCCAUUACAAGUGUCAUUUGCAGCAUGAUGAAGUAUGUUCUGAAUUGCAGCCAAAUUUUGCAAUUCAAAGUUUCCCUGUAGCUUUGGUCCAUCAGGCAGUUACUUAUCACACAAUUUCUUUCUCUUUGUAUUUAGCCUGUUGUUGAUGAUCAGCAACUUAGACCAAUUGUGUAUUUCAGUUUCAGUUGCUCCACAGGAGUGCUGUUGGUACGGCACGAAGGAGAAGCAUCUCCUAAAUGUUUGAUGAUGCAGUUCUAACUCCUGAAGAUUAGCAAUAAGACAUUAAAGUUUAUUGUUGGUUGAUUGUUUA